AUCUUGUUGUAAUCUCGAGAAUCAAUCGAGAAGUACAAGCGAUCAAAAGUGUGAAAAAGACACGGAUUUUUCUACGAAACUUGUCACUGUGUUGGAAACGAACAAGAAAUCUUGUUGGUAAUCAUCGACAUGUAUCGAUGCGAACGAUUUUAAAUCGAGAGGAAACCACAAUUUUCUUCAAGGACUCGCCAUUUAAUUAAUUUGGUAACAGUCAAGUGUGCUAAAAAAUAAAAAAUGAACGGGGACGUUCCGAAAAGUCUACAUCUGAGCGUGAAAUCAUCCUCGCCCGAUUGCGGCGAGAAGGAAAAUUUAUUGACACCGGUGACACCGACCACUCCCAUAAUCUUGCAACUAUCGAGGAGCCCGAACGCGUCGUUCAGAAGCAGGAGCCGGUACAGAGCAGGGCCAACCCGCAAGCUGCGUCGUCGAGCCGUGCUGAAGAACGGCGACUGCAACGUCCUCCAGUCCCGUAUCUCGCGUCGUUCCCGUCGUUUCCUUCAGGACAUAUUCACGACCCUGGUGGACACGCAAUGGCGUUGGACGUUGCUCUGCUUCAGCCUGAGUUUCGUGCUCUCCUGGCUCGGUUUCGCGGUGAUCUGGUGGCUGAUCGCGUUCACCCACGGUGACUUCGAGGAACGUCACUUGCCGCCGUUCCAGAUCGAGAACAACUGGACCCCGUGUAUCUACAACAUCUUCUCGUUCACAAGUUGUUUCUUAUUCAGUAUCGAGACCCAGCACACGAUCGGUUACGGUAGCCGUUCGACCACCGAGGAAUGCCCCGAGGCGAUUUUCGUGAUGUGCGUCCAGAGUAUAUCGGGCGUGAUAAUCCAAGCGUUCAUGGUGGGCAUCGUGUUCGCGAAGAUGAGCAGACCGAAACAACGGACGCAGACGUUGCUGUUCUCCAGGAACGCUGUGAUCUGUCAGAGGGACGGCGAACUGUGCUUGAUGUUCCGUGUCGGUGACAUGAGGAAGAGCCAUAUCAUUGGGGCAGCGGUUUGCGCCCAAUUGAUCCGAUCGAGGACCACCAAAGAGGGCGAGGUGCUGUCCCAGAAUCAACAGGAAUUGGCGGUGGGCACGGACGGUGAGAACGGGAACUUCUUCUUCAUCUGGCCGACCACGAUCGUUCAUAAAAUCAAUGCUGAUUCACCGUUCUACAACAUGUCCGCGGAGGAUAUGCUGAUCGAGAGAUUCGAGGUGGUGGCGAUUCUCGAAGGAACGAUCGAGUCCACUGGACAGACUACACAGGCUAGAUCCAGCUAUUUACCCCAGGAGAUACUUUGGGGCCAUAGAUUCGAGCCGAUGGUCACGUACUCGAAGGAGAGACAGGGUUACGAGGUGGAUUACUCGUUGUUCAACAGCACCACGCAAGUGGACACGCCGUUGUGCUCGGGUAGAGAGCUCGCUGAGUUUUACAAGGCGCAGGAGGAGAUCCGUCAUGGGAACGGAGUGAUAGUCGACGAGGACUACCUAGGGGACACCUGUCCAGACGGCCAUUGCCACUACGGUCAUCGUCCUUCGUUGAUCGUGACCAAUCACCAUCAGAAUCAUCCUCUGUCUCACAUGGACAGCAUUAGAAGCGAGAACAGCGUCGACGAGACGUGCAUCAAUCGACACGCUUACAGGGAUUCGAGUUACCAAGGACCACCUAUUCCAACACGAGAUCACGGCCACUACAGGAUCCUGGAUUUAGAUCCUGACGGUAUCCAAGUGAUGGGCGAGGUGGAGCUGCAACACCUACCGGAAGCAGUGAACAGGGAGAUCCUAAAGAACAGUCGUGAGAUUAUAUACGAAGAGCCAGAGACUUCAAGAGAAGGUAGUCCCCUCCUGAGACCAGCUGGCAGUCGACGAAACACGAUCAAAUAUCCAUUACUGGACGAAGAAAGGAAAUCCUUGAACAGCUCCAAAAGAAGCCUCUAUCAUAGAAACAUACUACGUGGCUUGGAGGAAGACAGAAGGUCUCUGGAUGGGUCCAGGAGGAACCUAAGUGGAUCCAGAAGGUAUCUACUGGUACCUUUGGAGAACAAACCCUUAGAACCCAAUAAUAAAGACAGUCUAACCGUUGCAAGACGGCACACAGGGAGCAAGGAAGGUCUGAACGCGAUCAAAAGGAACAUCUGCGUGAAGGAAUCGAAGGAGACACCUGAACUGUGCACCGGAGGAAGGCUGAACUCGAACGACGACAGGCUAACGAUCGAGACGGAGAAGUUCCCGAAAGCAUCGCCACGUCUCCAAGAGUUAGCGCUGUCUGAAGGCAACAGGACAUCUCUAUCGGACCCUAACUUAUCCCCGAACGGAUAUUCGUCAUCGAAGUCUCGUCAGUCCCCUGUUCCAGCGUUACCGAUCUCACCAACGUCGGAUCUUUCUCCUGAAUCAGGGUUCUACGAGGGUGCUCAAUGGAACUCGAGUCCAGAGUACAUCAGAAAGGACCUAAGGCUUCAGCAUGAUUCCGUGAUGACGAGGAACAGGCGGAGCUACGAGAACGCGCAGCUGCAGGACGUGAACGAAGCACUUUCCAGGCCGAACAGCAACCACAGCUCGCUGGACAGCGACGAGUCCGUGAAAAAUUUGACGACGGCGGAUAAUGUUCCUCAGAAGUUCAGUGAGAAAAACGCUGUCACGAAACAGCCGAUCUCGCACACGAGCGUCUAAUAACCGGGGUAUGUGUGUGUACGUGUGUGUGUGUGUGUGUAUGUGUGUGCCUUUCUACGAAACGUGU